UUUAGUACCUGACUUCCUCACUCCGCAGCGCCUAUAAAAAUACAAUCUCAACUUUGUUAAGAGGCACCUCUCUCUCUCUCUCUCUCUCUCUCUCUCUCUCUCUCUCUCCAUUCAACUCAUUCAUUUGUUUUCUAGAGUGGCGAGGAUUUAUUGCCGGAAAAUCUCAUGGGUGAAGUUCCGGCGACUCAACACUUUGUUCUAGUUCAUGGGACAUGCCAUGGCGCUUGGUGUUGGUAUAAAACAGCCUCACUUCUAAAAGAUUCAGGCUUCAAGGUCACGGCAGUCGAUCUCUGCGGUUCUGGAUUACAUCCUGGAAAUGCUGAUUCCAUUCUUUCAUUUGAAGAGUACAACAAGCCCCUCAUGGAUCUCCUCUCUACAAUCCCUGAAGAUGAAAAGGUAAUAUUGGUUGGGCACAGCGCUGGUGGUUUGAGCAUAACCCACGCCACCCACGUGUUUGGAAUGAAGAAGAUUAGCCUUUGUAUUUAUGUUACUGCCAUCAUGUUGAGGAAUGGCAUUGUAUCUGACCAAGAUCGCCAGGCUUUUCCCGACCUCGGCGAUGCGGUUGACUUCAACUUUGGGCUUGGGCCUGAUCGACCUCCAACAAGCGCAAUUAUAAAUCCUUAUUUGCAACGAAAAUUUCUUUAUCAAUGCAGUCCACAUGAGGACUCUACCUUAGCUUCGAUGCUCUUGAGGCCAGCGCCAUUGAUGCCACUAUUCAGUGCAAAGUUUGAAGGGGCAAAUAUGGGGGAUGUUGAUUUGGUGAAGCGUGUGUAUAUAAAGAUGAACAAAGAUGAGAUUAUGAGGCCAGAUGUGCAUCAAGAAAUGAUGAUUAAAAGCUGGCCACCCGAUGAGGUCAUGUUCAUUGACACCGACCAUAGCCCAUUUUUCUCUGCCCCCAAUGAGUUGCACCACUUGUUGAUCAACGCCUCAACUAUGUAUUGCGGUUAAAAAACUCAUAGAAGAGGGUUUUUUUAUUUUUUUUAAAGUUAAAAAAUAGGACACUCAUUAAAGAGUCGGGGGUUGAAUUUGAUUACAAUAAUAGAGUAUACAAUGAAAUCGUUUAUUUUGACAUAAGGAGGUCAUAAACAUCACUGAUAAUCGGAUUUGAAAUCGGAUAGUUGAUGGUGUGUCAUUAUUUGAGCACAAAGUUCAAAUUAAAAUUUUUUGAAUGUUGUGACAUACUUUUAUCUAUUGGAGUUUACAUCCAAUGGCUAAAAGUGAUUGUGGCCAUCUUGUAUAAAAAAUAAAUGAUCUCAUAAUAUAUAAUCCCAUCUGAUAAGGAGUAUGUUAAUCUUGUUAAAGUUAUAUAAGUAGGACGGGAGCCAAGGGAUCACAUUUUCAUGGGCUUUUUGUAUUAUUUAUGUUUGUAAUAAAAUAAUCUCUCUUGGUUUUUUUUUUGUUAUUUAUGUGUGUAACAAAAGGAUCUCUCUCAUAUGAGAGGUAUGGCUCUCUAGUCUCUAUAUUGUUAGU